AUGAAAAUUUUCAAUACUGCAGUCACUCUAGAAUAUUCACUCUCUUUUACAGAUGAUAUAAGAGGGGAGAUUUUAGUUGAUGUUGGAUCUGGCCCCACUCUCUACCAGGUCAUGAGUGGUUGUGAGAGAUUUGAUCGUGUCAUCCUGUCGGAUUUUUUGGAAGUGAAUCGAAGAGAGCUGCAAAACUGGCUACAGGAGGGAAAGAGCAGUAUAGACUGGACAGCUUACUUCAAGUAUGUGUGUCAACUGGAGGGUCGCAGUUCAACGACUUGGGCAGAAAAAGCAACACGUCUUCGUUCAGUUGUGUCUGAUGUGCUGCCAGUUGAUGUACACCAGUCCUUUCCAUUAUCACCAGAGUUCUUGCCACCUUCUGGAGCAGAUUGUCUGGUGUCAUCUUUUUGUCUGGAGAGUGUGAGCCAUGACUUGCUUUCCUUCAACCAUGCAUUAGACAACAUCUCCAGCCUGCUUAAAAAAGGCGGUUACCUCCUGCUUAUUGGUGCCCUGGGAGAGAGCUUCUACAUGGGGGCACCAGGGCUGUACAUCCCUGUGGUCCCUCUGGAUGAGUCUCAGGUCUGUGCUAGCCUGAAGGCCAGUGGAUAUAAGCUGUUGCAGUUGUGUAUUUACCACCUUCCCCCGGACAUGAAGGUGGGAGUGGAUGAUGUUACUGGUGUGUUCUUUGCAAAAGCUAAGAAAACAUGAACAAUUUUAGUUGAAGAGUAAAACAUGGACUGGAAAGAUAGAUGUAUGUAUGUUCUUAAUUCUUCUGGUUUAUCUGUGCAUGAAAAAAAAAAGGUU